CUAUUUUCUCUGGCUGUGUUUCUUCGCUGUUUCUUCGCUGUUUCUUCGUCGAAAUGCGUGUCCUUUCCUUUAUUGUCAGUCUUUCCAUACUGCUAGGGACGCAUUAUGUUGCGGCUGCGUUGACCUGGAAGACAUUCGACAUCUCGUCGGUGCUUGUUGAAGAGUCAAAAGGUGUGACCUAUUUGGAUUUCGAAGGAAAUCAACAACCAUUGGAAUCGAUAGCAAAGAACGCUGGUGCCAAUAGUAUCAAGAUCCGUGUAUGGGUUAAUCCUUCAGACGGGAAUUACGGUCUCGAUUAUGGCAUCAAGCUCGGCAAACGUGCAACAGCAGCAGGGCUCUCUGUGAUCCUCAAUUUGCACUAUUCUGACACCUGGGCGGACCCAGGUCAUCAAACGAAGCCUGCUGCAUGGGCAAAGUUGAAUACCGGAGACCUAGUAACGACGCUAAAGGGCUAUACAAGAGAUGUUGCGAAUGCAUUUCAUGAUGCGGGAGUCGACGUCACCCUCAUAUCGAUUGGCAAUGAGGUCCGCGCUGGUAUGCUGUGGCCGACUGGCAAAUAUGACCAGAUGAAAAAUCUGGCUAAGUUGCUUACUUCGGCAUCCGAGGGUGUCAAAGACAGCAAGUUUGGCUCGCGAGCAAAAGUGAUGAUCCACUUGGAUGAGGGAUACUCCUGGUCAACGCAAGAAUGGUUCUAUGACGGCAUCAUCAAAGCCGGUUUCUCUAUGUCGAACGUCGAUGUGCAGGGGGUCUCUUAUUAUCCAUUUUGGGACCCUACCGAUUCUACCCUCGAGAACUUCAAAUCCACUCUGAACAACAUGGCGAAUAAAUAUGGCAAAACCAUUGUAGUCAGUGAAACGGAUUGGCCGAUCAAAUGCUCGCAAGGCGCCAGCCGAAUCCCCCCGAGUCUCCGAUCGAUCCCAUUCUCCGCCGACGGACAGGUUCAGUGGAUGAAGAAGGUCGCUCAGGUGCUGGAAGGUGUGCCCCGUGGUCUUGGAAAAGGCUUGAUGUAUUGGGAGCCUGGGUGGAUUGAUAACUGGAGUCUUGGGAGUCCCUGCGAGGACGGAGGGACUAUGUUCGAAGUGACGUGGAGUGGAUCAGCAGCCACGGCGAGACCUCGUUCGUAA